CGUCACUGCGCGACUGACACGGGGAACACGUGGAGCCUGGAAAACGUCGACUAGACACCAAGCAGGCAGAGGCAGCGCACACUGGUCCGACCGCGGCCUUUCGCGGAGGUUCGGGUCGGGACAGGUGUUCGGACUCACUUCCGCUUUCGUAGCCCCCUCCCCCCGGGUCGUUCUCCGCCGAGCCCCACCUCUGGCCCGCAGCGAACACACCUGGGCCGCGGAGCUGCGGAGGCAGGUAGGAGCGAGGAGGAGCGGCGGCUGUGGGACCGAACGGAAGCUAACGUGGUUUCCAGUGUGAUUGUCGGACUCCUGAGUCCAGUGUUGACCAACGUGAACUCGUUCCCAGCACUGAUUUCGUGGCCGCCUGUUUCUUGGAUAAACAGGCAGCAUGGGUGAGGCUCCCGUCGCCGAGGACUACGUGGUGACGCGCUCAGCAGAGUAUGUGGGCUCCUUCGCGGUGGACGACUGCUGUUUGGAGGAGCAGAUAGAGCAGCUGCACGGUCACAUGAAGCUCUUUAAAACGCACAAGAAGCGGCGCCCUGUGUCCCUCAGGUUCUCAAUCAAAGGGGUGAAGAUGUACGAUGAGGAUGAAACGACGCUGCUGAUGGCUCACGCCCUGCGCAGGGUCUCCCUGUCCACGGCCCGGCCCGCGGACGCCCAGUUCGCCUUCGUCUCCCACAACCCGGGCAGCCUCGACGCCCAGCUCUACUGCCACGUUUUCCAGGCGAGGCACUGCAGAGCUGCACAGUUUCUGAACCUGCUGCUGUGCCGCUGCUUCCAGCUGUUGUAUUUGGAGAAGCACCCAGACGAGGCCCAGAUUGAAUUUGUUGGCUCAGCCCCUCGACGGAACCCCUCGCUGCUCAACCACGGUUUCCCUCUGAGUGUCAGUGCCCUGGUGUCCUUCAGAAGAGCCCCCUUUCAAGGCUUGUUGCUGGGCACCAAGAAAAAUCCAAAGCCUCCUGAGGAACUCCACAACGACCAAGAUGAGGCCUGCCCCACAUCCUCCCCCUCCCUGUUCCGCAAGAAAGCCAUGCGAAACAAAGUGCUGCGCUCUGGGGCUUACCGCUCCUUCACCUUCACGCCGGUCAAACAGCGCAGCGUUCAAGAGCAACUGAGUGUGUCUCAAGAAAAAGAACAAAGAAAGACGCCUGGGAGAGAAUCCCACGCUCCAACCCUAGCAGAAACGGAAGAGGCUCUGGCUCAGGCUGUGUGGACCUGGACUGGUAUCGCAACUGACAGCAGCUACUCGCUGCUCGCAGAUGACGUUCUGGGUUCUUUUCUGCUUUGCCCCAUUCCUAAAAAACCCAAAUGUGGCUCUCUCAUCAUUCACUUUCCCUCUGGUCUGGUCACUCACCUCAUAGAAAACACGCGUAAAGGGACAUUCCUCCUGCAGAAAUGCAAGACUGAGUUCAGUUCCAUAGCAGAACUGAUCGAUCAUUACACUGAGACGCAGGACGAGCUGCCCUGUCUGCUAAGCUGUGCCCGAGUAAACCACUGCUACGAGUGGGAGGAAACUAUCAGCAAACAGAAGGCCAUUAAGAGCUUUAAACAGAAAGCAAACAAAAGUACCUCCAGAAAGGAUUGGGUUUAAACUCUGGACACUGAACCGCAUGGCUUGCAAACAUCUGGUAUCCCAAAUAAGUAACACUUUUCUUCUUCUCUUUUGAAAAUUAUCUUAAACUAUUGAAUCACGAGGUGUUGCUUGGAGUCUUCACAAACUGUAAGAUAGAAUGCACCUGUUGACAGUAUUGGCACUUAGAGGUAUUUAUAUCAAAGGGUACUUCAUGUAUUACGUUCUGCUUGCUGCAUUUGUUUUUUUGUUUUUUUUUAAAUGUCAUUUUUAUAAAAGAUUUUUAUAUUUCCAUGUGUUACCAAUGUAUCUUUGUUUUAUGGUUUGUAUAAUCUUGCAAAGCAUAAUUGUUUGUCUUUUUUCUUGAACUGUACAAGUUACACUACUACAUUGGGACA